CGGGUUUUAUCUGGUGUCAUGUGACCCGUGCUCAGCCAUCUUGUGGAAAACGAAGAGAGAGAGCCACACACACAACCCGCAUACAAAUCCUGUGCUGUCAGAUCAAGUACAGAAUUUAGAGAAGAAUGGCAGAAACCCAGACACUCAACUUUGGACCAGAAUGGCUCCGAGCCCUGUCUGGAGGGGGUGGUGGCAGCAGUGGAGGUGGAAGCAGCAACUCUGUCUCUUCCCCUCCACUUUCACCUGCGUUGCCAAAGUACAAACUUGCAGACUAUCGCUAUGGGAGAGAAGAAAUGUUAGCACUUUAUAUAAAGGAUAACAAAAUUCCUAUAGACCUACAUGACAAGGAGUUCCUUCCCAUUUUGCAAGAGGAGCCUUUACCACCUCUGGCCCUCGUAUCUUUUACAGAGGAGGAACAGAGAAAUUUUUCCAUGUCUGUAAACAGUGCAGCUGUACUUCGACUGACAGGUCGCGGAAGUGGUCCGAUAGUAGGGGCACCAAGAGGUCGAAGUACAUCAAGGGGAAGAGGUCGGGGAAGAGGUGAUGGAGGAUUUUACCAAAGAAGUUUUGAUGAUGUAGAAGGGUUUGGCCGUGGAGGGCGAGAGAUGCAUCGUUCUCAGAGUUGGGAAGAAAGGGCAGAUAGAAGGUUUGAUAAACCAGGCAGAAAAGAACCAGAUGCUGCUCCUGGACAUUUCCAGAUUAAUCAUGUCCGGGGGAACUAUGAGGAGGCUGGGACAGGCAUACCAAGGAAGCAUGACUUCAUACGCUCUGAGAGUGAGAACUGGCGCACUUCUCGUGAUGAUCAGAACGGUGAGGAUGAUGAGGGGGGUUGGCGCCUGGCAGGUUCUCGACGGGACAGUGACCGCUGGUGCCCCCCAAGCCCAGAUGGACCUCGCUCAGCUGGGUGGCGGGAACACCCAGAUCAACGGCGGCGUUUCCCGUUUGAUGCCAGGGACGAAGAGCGUGGCUACAGGAGGCCACGGUCAGGCAGUGGAAGCCUGGAGGAUGAAAGGGACAGCCUCCCAGAAUGGUGUCUGGAGGAUGCUGAAGAGGAGGCUGGUACUUUUGACUCUUCGGGGGCAUUCUUGUCACUCAAAAAGGCCUCAAAGGAGCCCAUUAUGGAAGAAGCAGAACUGGACUUAAAGCCAGAUGAGUGUGAAGAGGGUCUGGAGGAGGAUGAGUGUCGACUACAAGAGUCCAAAGAAAUAGAAACUGAAGCCAAGAGGGAGACUGACCGAAAAGAAUUGCCUCGAGUGCAAGAAGAGGCACCACCUGUUGUGUCACCUGUUGCCACCCCCAUCUUGGAGCCAGCUGUUGUCCAGUCAUUAUCCCAGUCCCAACCUGCUAGGAUAGAUGAGCCUGAGAGGCCAGCUGAGCGGACAGACAGACUUCCUCCACUUGAGCUCCCACCCGAGCCAUGUAAAGUCCCCCUGCAGAUCCCUAUAUCCAACAGCCUGCUGGAGCCCAUCUCUAUAAGUCACAUUUCCACUGCCCAUACAGAACAUCCUGUUUCAGUGCACACUGUCCACUUACCACAGCAAAAACCUAUGGAGUGUCCUGUGGCAACAAACGCACCCUUACCCUUCUCAUCUAAUAUAAUGACACCCAUUGGCAGGCCCACAACUGUGUCACAUGAAACGGAUGAGGAUGAGGGAUUAAAACACUUUGAGCAGGAGGCAGAAAAAAUGGUAGCUUAUCUACAGGAUGGAGUGGCUGAUGAUGACAGACUUUCAGCCAAGAGUUCAGAGAAGCCCAAAACAGCAGGUUUACCUUUGUCUCAUGAAGCUGCUUUGAAGUGGUUUUAUAAAGACCCACAAGGAGAAAUACAAGGUCCUUUCAAUAACCAGGAGAUGUCAGAGUGGUUCCAGGCUGGUUAUUUCACCAUGUCUCUAUUAGUUAAAAGAGGAUGUGACGAGACAUUCCAACCUUUGGGUGAGAUCAUGAAGAUCUGGGGAAGAGUACCAUUCACACCAGGCCCUGCUCCUCCGCCUCUCCCAGUGCGUGCCGAUACAGAUCAAGAGAGAUUGAAACGGCAACAGGAGAUCAGUGCUCUAUACCAAUUACAACAGCUCCAAUAUCAAUACCUUCUCAGGCAGCAAUAUGCACAGGCCUUGGCCCAACAGAAAGCUGCUGCCCUCAGCUCUGCUCCUCUCCAACAGCAGCAGCAGCACCAACAGCAGAUCAACCUCCUCCUACAGCAAUAUCAGGCUCUUAAGAUUAGGGCAUCUGAAAGCCUCCUACCUGCAGUCACACGCUCCCUGUCUGUAACAGACUCUGGUUCUGUGUGGGAGAUGCAGAACACCUCAUCUCAGGCCACGUGUACACCAAACCUACAACAAAGUGCUCCCAGCACAUGGGAUGGUAGCAGUGUUUGGGAUUUGCCUAUAGAUUCAUUGGCACCGGCACCCACAUUAGAGCAGAUGCAGCAGAUGCAACAGCUAGAGAAGUCAAAAGCUGCAAAGUUGGAAAUGGAAAGGCGUGAAGCUGAACUGCGGGCUAAAAGGGAAGAAGAAGAAAGGAAACGAUUGGAGGAGGCGCUGAGGGCCAGGCAGGAGGAGGAACGCAAACGCCUGGAAGAGGAAGAACUGGCACGGAAAAAACAGGAGGAGGCACUACGGAGACAACGAGAGGAAGAAGAGGCCCUGCGGAGACAGAAAGAGGAGGAGGAAAGGCUGGCCCAGGAAGAAGCUCUGCGUAGGUUAGAGGAGAGACGGAGAGAAGAAGAAGAGAGGAAAAAACGUGAAGAGUUUCUCCGCAAACAGGAAGAGGAACGCAGGAAGCAGGAAGAACUGGAAACCUUAAGAAGACGUGAGGAGGAGAAGCGUGCAGAGGAGGAGGCUGCAGCUGCUCUGGCACAGCAGCAGCUGGAGGAGCAGAAGCGACGAGAGCAGGAGGCUCAAAGGCAACUGGAGCUGCAGCGGCAGAGACAGCAACAGCAGGAGGCGCUGCGGAAGCUACAGCAACAGCAGCAACAGCAUCAACUUGCACAGAUGAAGCUUCCUUCUUCCUCAAAGUGGGGCCAGCAGACGACUAACUCUAUAAACCAGAAUCAGAACACUCUGUCUCUAGCCGAGAUCCAAAAACUUGAAGAAGAAAGAGAACGUCAAGCGCGAGAGGAGCAGCGUCGCCAGCAGCAGGAGCUGCUGAAGCUCCAGCAGCAGCAAGCCCUUCUGCAGGCAGCACAGCCCCAGGCCAAACUGUCGGGAUGGGGCACUGUGGCCAAACAGCCUGCAGCUACCAAGUCUCUGCUGGAGAUCCAGAGGGAGGAAGCUCAGCAAAUGAAGCAGCGAAAGGAGCAGCACCAAUCCACUGUCCCACCACCAACCCGCGCACAGAAUCGAACAACUGCCCUGAGUAGCUCUGUGUGGGGUGCGGUCAACCCUUCUUCAAACUGGGGCUCAGACUCCAGCAGUAUAUGGGGGGACACCCACAACUCUAACAUGGGCUUCUGGGAUGAAGCAAUAAAGGAAGUCACCCAGCCGCCUGCACAAACUAGAAAAAGCAAUUCUCAGAAAAACAAGGGAAAUGCCAACCUCAGUAAUUCUUUGAGUGGGCGAGCCAGCAAAAAAGUCGAAGAGGAGGAGAAGCUGCUUAAGUUGUUUCAAGGAGUGAAUAAAAGCCAAGACACCUUUAUGCAGUGGUGUGAACAAACUUUGCACUCUCUCAAUACAGCCAAUAACCUGGAUGUUCCUACAUUUGCUUCUUUUCUCAAAGAAGUAGACUCGCCAUAUGAGGUGCACGACUAUGUGAGGGCGUACUUGGGGGACACUCCUGAGGCGAAGGACUUUGCCAAGCAGUUUAUUGAACGUCGUGCCAAACAGAAUAUGAAUCAAAGACAGGCUCCUCAAAACCAGUCCUCCAAGCAGCAGCAGGAUUCUGUAUGGGGCAGUACGGGAUCCUCCUCUCUUUAUCAGUCUAAUCAUAUGAGCGGUCAGCAGCAGCGCUUUGAAACAGUCACCUCAGGGAAGAAGAAAAAGAAGCAGAAGAUGGUUCGUGCAGACCCCAGCCUUUUAGGUUUCUCUGUGAAUGCAUCAUCUGAGAGACUGAAUAUGGGAGAAAUUGAGACUUUGGAGGACUUUUAAGGGACUGCAGCCAAGCAAAGCCCCAGUGACUUUUAUCCAGUUUGAACAACAGCUGUUUUACCCAAACCUCUCCCCUCGGCCCUGCUACUUUUUCAGUCUGCCUUGAUUUUUCAGUUUCUUCAACCAUCCCAGUUGUGACCUCAAAGGCAGACAUCUUUUUGCCUUUUAAAGAAUCUAUUUGAGCAGAAACUUUGAGAAUAGAACUACAUCUAUGGUCAGUGAAAAUGAAUAUAUAAAUAUUCAUUUUAGGAAGCUGAAAAUGUCAGCAGUGACCAUUUAAAAUCUGGCCUCCUUCUGGACUUUUGUGGGUGUACAUGGGUGGGGUGUUGGGAUUAUUAUGGGAAAGGGUAGACAGAAUAUAUCCAAUGUUUUUUUUUUAUUAUUUUUAUUUAUUGAAAAUGAUCCCCCUCCCUUCCAAUCCUUCUAUUCCCCUCUGUUUUGGCUGGGUGUUCAUGGAUAGUAAUGGCAUAGUAGAGCCCAAGGAUUCAUGCCCGCUAAUGUCCUGUUUUAAGGACAUCUUCAAAAGUUCCAACUAGUUAUCUAUUUCUUGUAAAAUACUAGGCUGUUUAAAGAAUAAAAUUUCAACUCUGCAUCUGUAUUAUAUUAUAUGGAAAUGAA